ACAUCUGGCGGCUGCCCGCCCUUGUUUCCGCUGCAUCCAGACUUCCUCCGGCGGUGGCUGGAGGCUGCGCAUCUGGGGCUUUAAACAUACAAAGGGAUCGCCGGGACCUGCGAGGGCAGGCGGCGCGGCGCGGGCUGAAGCGCGGGGGCCGGACCAUGAGCCGCUGAGCCCGGCGCAGCCCAGGUGACGGAGCGGGCGGCCCCUGAGCGCGGCGCGGCGGAGCAGGCGCCAAGCAGGCGGCGACGCGGCCGGGAGCGCUGAGCCAGCGACCCCCGGGCGACGCGCGGGGCCCGGGAGCGCUACGAUGGAGGCGCGAGCGGCCCGGGGCGCGCUCGCCGGUCCCCUGCGGGCGCUUUGCAUCCUGAGCUGCUUGUUGGGCCGCGCCGCCACCGCGCCGUCGCCCAUCAUCAAGUUCCCCGGCGAUGUGGCCCCCAAAACGGACAAAGAGUUGGCUGUGCAAUACCUGAACACCUUCUACGGCUGCCCCAAGGAGAGUUGCAACCUGUUUGUGCUGAAGGACACGCUAAAGAAGAUGCAGAAAUUCUUUGGGUUGCCACAGACAGGUGAACUUGACCAGAGCACCAUCGAGACCAUGCGGAAGCCGCGCUGUGGCAACCCAGAUGUGGCCAACUACAACUUCUUCCCCCGCAAGCCCAAGUGGGACAAGAACCAGAUCUCAUACAGGAUCAUUGGGUACACGCCGGAUCUGGACCCAGAGACGGUGGAUGAUGCCUUCGCUCGUGCCUUCCGAGUCUGGAGUGACGUGACCCCACUGCGGUUUUCUCGCAUCCAUGAUGGAGAGGCUGACAUCAUGAUCAACUUUGGCCGCUGGGAGCACGGAGACGGAUACCCCUUUGAUGGUAAAGACGGGCUCCUGGCCCACGCCUUCGCCCCGGGCACUGGCGUCGGGGGAGACUCUCACUUUGAUGAUGAUGAGCUGUGGACCCUGGGAGAAGGGCAAGUGGUCCGAGUGAAGUACGGGAAUGCCGAUGGGGAGUACUGCAAGUUCCCCUUCCUGUUCAACGGCAAGGAGUACACCAGCUGCACCGACACGGGCCGCAGCGACGGCUUCCUCUGGUGUUCCACCACCUACAACUUCGAGAAGGACGGCAAGUACGGCUUCUGCCCCCACGAAGCCCUGUUCACCAUGGGUGGCAACGCCGAUGGACAGCCCUGCAAGUUCCCGUUCCGCUUCCAGGGUACGUCCUACGACGGCUGCACCACCGAGGGCCGCACGGACGGCUACCGCUGGUGCGGCACCACGGAGGACUAUGACCGCGACAAGAAGUACGGCUUCUGCCCGGAGACCGCCAUGUCCACUGUUGGCGGGAACUCGGAAGGCUCCCCCUGUGUCUUCCCCUUCACCUUCCUGGGCAACAAGUAUGAGAGCUGCACCAGCGCCGGCCGCAGCGAUGGAAAGAUGUGGUGUGCGACCACGGCCAGCUAUGACGAUGACCGCAAGUGGGGCUUCUGCCCCGACCAAGGGUACAGCCUGUUCCUCGUGGCAGCCCAUGAGUUUGGCCACGCCAUGGGGCUGGAGCACUCCGAGGACCCCGGGGCCCUGAUGGCGCCCAUUUACACCUACACCAAGAACUUCCGCCUGUCCCACGAUGACAUCAAGGGUAUUCAGGAGCUCUACGGGGCCUCCCCUGACACUGACACUGACGCUGGGACUGGCCCCACCCCCACGCUGGGACCUGUCACUCCCGAGAUCUGCAAACAGGACAUUGUCUUUGACGGCAUCGCUCAGAUCCGUGGUGAGAUCUUCUUCUUCAAGGACCGGUUCAUUUGGCGGACAGUGACGCCACGUGACAAGCCCAUGGGGCCCCUGCUGGUGGCCACAUUCUGGCCUGAGCUCCCGGAAAAGAUCGAUGCUGUGUAUGAGGCCCCACAGGAGGAGAAGGCUGUGUUCUUUGCAGGUGUGUGGGAAGGGUCCUGCCUCGGCCCCCGCUCCCCGGGGCCCCGUAACAGGGCUCCCGCGGGGCCCACGCUCACUCCCCUCCCAAACCACAGUUCCUGUGCAGCUAACAAGAAGACGUACAUCUUCGCUGGAGACAAAUUCUGGAGAUACAAUGAGGUCAAGAAGAAAAUGGAUCCCGGCUUCCCCAAGCUCAUCGCAGACGCCUGGAACGCCAUCCCCGACAACCUGGAUGCCGUUGUGGACCUGCAGGGCAGUGGCAUGCGGCGCCGGGAAAACAAACCAGCCCCUUCAGCCCUGGGCUGGGACGGCAUCCAGACCCCUGACCUCUGCUCCCUCGGCCUGGCUCCAGGAAGUAAGGCCCAGAAAGGCUCCUCACAGCUGCAGGGCCCGGAGCCAGGGCCGGAGAGGGAGGCCUCGUUUGUGGCCGCCUCCCAUUAG